AUGGGUGGUGUCUUUGAACCAUUCCUACAACCAAGUAAAAAAGAAGACAUCAACCAUUUUACUCCAGAAGUAACUUUGGCUGACCUCACCUUGCAAGGUAAGAGAGCGAAAAAGUAUUUUAAUACCAAAUCGCUCACAUUAUCUUCUUUCUACGAAAUGAAUAUAGAUCUUUUGCCGCCAGACGAUCAACUGGAACUCGAAAUUAAACACAAACAGCGAAAACUUUCCUUAGAAGCUCAUAAACAAGUUGUUCAAUAUGUAUUAACAGCUUUACAAGACAGCCAACCAUUGAAUUCACAACAACUAUUACAACUUGCUGGAAAUCAAAAAUCAGAAUUGACAGCUUUAGGCAACAUGCUUUUACGAAGCUCAAAAGUCGGUACUCCUGUUUCACUGGAACUUUAUAGACAAGCGAUGGAACUCGGUGAUGAUCAAGGAACAUUCAGUUAUGCCAAUAUGAUAUAUCGAGGCUAUCGGGGUACAGAAAAACAAGAAGAAAAAGGGAUCCAAAUUUUGUCCAAACUUGCCCAAAAAGGACAUCCAUAUGCGCAAAUGAAUCUGGCGUCGAUUCUGAUGCGAUCAGAACCGGAUAGAGUCAAGCAGGCGAUUCAACUAUACGAAUUAGCAGGGAAAUCAGGGAUCAGCAAUGCGUACAUGGAAUUGGGACGUAUGUAUCGACUUGGUUACGGUGUGCAUCAAGAUCAUACCAAGGCCAUGAACUAUUUCCAAAAAGGUGCAGCAGGUGGGAAUCCUCAAUGUCAUUUCAUGUUAGGUGUUUACUUUUCCUCAGGACUCGGCACAUCAUCCAAAGAACCAGAUCAAGUAAAAGCAUUCAAACAUUUCCAAAAAGCGGCCAUCAAAGGAUUACCAGAAGCUCAAUACAACGUCGGUCUCCGGUUUUUAAAAGGACAUGGUGUCGAGGCAAAUAUGUUCAAUGCAGCUGAAUUCUUCACCAUGGCAGCAUCACAAGGAUUCCAAUUGGCUCAAGCAAAUCUGGCAAGUAUGUAUGUCGAAGGACGUGGCGUCAGGCGUGAUGUGGAACAAGCAAAGCAUUGGUUCGGGAAGGCUGCCGCGGCAGGUGGCCCCAUUGGUAAAGAAGCUCAACAACAACUGGAUCAAUUAUCGACAACAAAUGAAAACGGUGGUUCCAAGUGUAUCAUCAUGUAG